AAAAUCCUUACUUAAAUUAGCCAACGUAGUUUUAUACUUAUGAUUUAUACACUGAAGAGGGCAGAAAUUCUGGGAUAUUUUUCUAUAAAUAAAUUAAUAUACAGAAGCAUUUCUGUAGAAAAAAAUCUUAAUUGAAUAAUUUAUAGUUAUUUUCUUAGGAAAUCUCAAAAAAUGAAAUAUACCGAAGACUUCGUGGACUUCCAAAAAAAUCUAGGAUAAAAGGAGUUGAUAAGGUAAUUGCAGUUGCAUCAGCAAAAGGUGGUGUUGGAAAAUCAACAGUUUCAGGUAUUUUAUAUAAAAAUAUGAUAUAUUUUUGAAAAUUAGGAAAUCAGCUAAUUUAGCAAUUGCAAUGAGGCUUUCUGGAAAAAAAAUAGGUCUUUUGGAUGCAGAUUUAUUUGGUCCUUCUAUACCAAAAAUGUUUAAUUUAUCAGAAAAACCAUAUUUAUCAAAAGAGAAUCAAUUUAUUCCUUUAAUGAAUUAUGGCGUCAAAGCUAUGUCAAUGGGGUUUUUUAUUGAUAAUGAUUCACCUAUUGUUUGGAGAGGAUUAAUGGUAAUGAAAGCUUUACAACAAUUGAUAUAUGAUAUAGACUGGGGAAAACUGGAUUUGCUUGUUAUUGAUAUGCCUCCUGGAACAGGUGAUACACAGCUUACGAUAACUCAGCAUGUUAUUUUAGAUGGUGUGAUUAUUGUAUCUACACCUCAAGAUAUCGCUUUGAUCGAUGCAAUUAGAUGUAUUAAUAUGUUUCGAAAAAUGAAUGUUAACAUUCUUGGUAUUGUUAAAAACAUGAGUGUAUUUAUCUGUCCAAAUUGUAACUACAACUCACAUAUCUUUGGAAUUGAUAAGCUUAAUAGUAUUGCAAAGAAUAUGAAUAUCGAAGUUCUUGCAGACAUUCCGUUACAUAAGAAAAUUAUGCAAGAUUGUGAAAAUGGCUAUCCAACUGUUGCUGCAGAGCCUGAUGGUUCUCAAUCUUUACCUUUUAGAAGAUUGGCUGAUAUUAUUUGGAAAAAAAUAUAA